GACCAGAGGUGACAGUUUGGAUGGGAAAAUGUCCCAGAAAGACACAGGCAGCACUUCAUCACUCAUGGCGCUUCACUCAGAUUCACAUAAACAAACCAUCCUGAGCAAAUUUGACAAGCUCAGGAAGAGAGACCUGCUGUGCGACAUCACUCUGGUCGUGGAGGACGUGCACUUCAGGGCGCAUAAAGCCCUGCUGGCCGCGAGCAGCGAGUACUUCUCCCUCAUGUUCACAGAGGAGCAUCACGUCAGUCCGUCGACGUACCGGCUGGACGGUAUGGCAGCUAAGAUGUUUGCAGCAGUGCUGGACUUCAUCUACAGCGCGCAGGUGUGCGUGGAGGAGAGCGCCGCAGAGCAGCUGCUGGCCGCGGCUUGUCUGAUGGAGGUCAACGACCUCGUCAAGGUGCUCAGUGAACGGGGGUGUGAUGGGGGAAAGGGUGACACCAUCGAGGCGGCAGAUGUGUCAAAACGCAAAAGAGGACGACCAAAGAAAAACGUGCCAGUGACGGAGCUGGAGGAGAGAGGCGCGCCAUGUGCGAGCGCAGAGGACGCGCGGGAUGGACGCGUGAACGGUGAUAAUGAAGAAACGGAGUCAAAUAAAGACGAUGCAGAUUUUAAUCCAGGAGCCCAACAGAGCCGACAGAGCAAACGCAAAAUCAGGCCACCGGUGAAAUACAAGAGCUACAAGGUGGGCAGCGACACGACAGUGAGUAAAGAGCCCGGGAGGAGAGGCAGGAAAAGGAAAUACCCCAACACCGAGGCCCGGUGUGAGGACUGUGGCAAACUGUUCAAAAACCACCUCUUUCUGAAGAUUCACCAGAGGACUCAUACAGGUGAGAAGCCUUUUCGGUGCCCGGUUUGUGGAAAGGGUUUUACCCAGAAGCACACUCUGCUGGUUCACCAGCGCAUGCACACUGGAGAAAAGCCGUUUGUUUGUACCAUCUGCUCCAAAGCGCUCUCCACCAAACACUCCCUGCAGGAGCACAUGAACCUCCAUGAAGAAGACAAAUCCUUCAGCUGUGAUAAAUGUGGAAAGACCUUCAAUCAGAAGAGGCAACUUAAAAGCCAUUACAGAGUUCAUACAGGCAAAUCACUGCCAGAAUGUGCUCAGUGUCAUCACAAAUUCAUGGACACGGCUCAGCUGAAAAAACACCUGAGAACUCAUA